AAACUCCCUUUAUGCACUCCACUAUCAAAUGUAAGUUAUGCAACCAAAUGCUGACUCUUCCCUCCAAAGUACUCAAACCUCCAAAACCCAAAACCUUAAUCUCACUUCUUACAUCUCAAACUCCAAAAACAUCACCUAACUAUCACACAUCAUUCUCUUUAUUAUCUCUUCUCCAAACCUAUAAACUCUUCAACCAUUUCACUCAAAUCCUCUCAUAUGCCUUUACAUCAGGCCACUUCACUAACCCUUACAUUUCUAGCCAACUCCUCAACCAUUCUCUUACAAAUCCCAACUUUACCCUCACAUUUUCACACACCCUUUUUACUCAAAUCCCAAACCCAAAUGUCUUUUCUUGUAAUUUCCUCAUUCGUGCGUAUUCCCAUAGUGAAUUACCCGAAAAAAGCAUUGAUCUUUAUAAUCAAAUGAUCAAGAAAAGUAUGGUUCUUGAUAAUUUUACUUUCCCUUUUGUGCUAAAAGCUUGUGGUAGGUUAGGUAGUUUUCAUAAGGGUGUUGAAGUGCAUUGUGUUAGUUUGAAAAUGGGGUUUGAAUUCGAUGUUUUCGUGCAAAAUUCGUUGAUUUAUAUGUAUUUUCAAUGUGGGGUUGUUGAGUUUGCAUAUAAGGUGUUUGAUUUUAUGCCUGAGUCGGUUCGCGAUGUUGUCACGUGGAAUAGCGUGAUUUCGGGGUUUUUACAAUGUGGGUGUUGUCGUAAAGCAGUGUAUAUGUUUGGAAAAUUGUUGCGCGAAAGUGAUGUGAGGUUGAAUGGUGUGAGUAUUGUGAGUGCACUUACAGCUUGUGCGAGAAUCGGGUUUCUUGAUUUGGGGAAAAAGAUUCACGGGCUGAUUUUGGUCUAUGGAUUUGUUAUGGAUGUGUUUUUAGGUUCUUCUUUGGUUGAUAUGUACACAAAAUGUGGGUGUUUAGAGGAUGCUAAGAAGGUUUUCGACAGAUUAUUAGAUAAAAAUAUGGUCUGUUGGACUUCUAUGAUUGCAGGUUAUUUAAAAUCUGAUAUGUGUAAGGAAGCAAUUGAGUUAUUUAGAGAGAUGUUGGUGGCUGGGGUAAAGGCCGAACCUGCCACGAUUGCUUGUGUUGUUUCUGCUUGUGGUCAUUCAGGUGCAUUGGAUCUUGGAAGGUGGGUGCAUAAUUAUAGCGAAAGGAGUGGAAUAGAAAUGAACGUUAUAGUGAAGAAUUCUUUGAUUGAUAUGUACUCUAAAUGUGGACUAGUUGAUAAAGCUCUCGAAGUUUUUGAUUCGUUAACUAAUAAGGAUAUUUAUUCGUGGAGUAUGAUAAUUUCUGGGCUAGCUAUGAACGCAAGGUCCAAAGAGGCUUUGCAAUUAUUUUCAUUAAUGGAAGAAUCGAGUGAAGUAAGUCCAAAUGAAGUAACAUUUCUUGGGAUCUUAUCUGCCUGUAGUCAUGGUGGAUUUGUUGAUGAAGGGUUUUACUAUUUUGAGAAAAUGACUAGGCAAUACAAAUUUUCCCCCGGGGUUGAGCACUAUGGCUGCCUGGUUGAUCUUUUGGGCCGUGCAAAUCUUCUGGUUGAGGCAAUGGGGUUCAUUGGUUCCAUGCCCAUUCAGCCGGAUGCUGUCAUUUGGCGAUCCUUGCUUUUUGCUUGUAGUAGACAUGGGAAUGUAGAGUUGGCCGAGGUUGCUGCCAAAAAGAUUAAACAAUUGGAGCCAGAGAAGUGUGGUGCACAUGUACUUUUGUCUAAUGUUUAUGCCUCUGCAUGUAGGUGGAAGGAUGUGAAGAUGGUAAGGAGGAAUAUGGGUGCUGAGGGAAUCCAAAAGCAACCUGGAUGCUCUUUUAUUGAAAUAGAUGGUUUUGUUCAUGAAUUUCUUGUUGCUGAUAGAGCGCACUGUCAGAUUGACAUCAUAUGUGAUACACUUCUGGCAAUGAAUUUAGUUCUAAAAUCAAGAGCACCUGAGCUUGCUUUCCUGGAUUUCAAACAUUAAUAUGAGAACAUCCCCAUUAUUGCAUGAUAUCAUUCCCACAUGUAAGCCCGCUGGCUCUUUCUUCAGAUAUAAAUGGCUAAGACCAGAGGUAAUUUGUGCUAAUAUCUGCAUCAGAUUAGAAGCUGGUGUCUUGAGCUCUCUGUAUUGUGUUACUAAUUUGACAUUCUUCUGGGGAGAAUGAGAAGAGUAGUAUCUGUGGCUAUUACAUGUAAAUCGGUUGAAGAGAGACAUAGAUGAUUCUUACUAAAAGAAUACUGCGUGUAUUCUUUUAGUAAGAAUACAAAAAGAAACCCUGCAUAUGUUGGUCCCAGGUUGGAUGUUACCUUCCAGGAACUGUUGAAAAUCUCCGGAAAAUCUGGCACUGCAGAAUUCAAGGCUAAAUCUCUUGAGUUUGAUCUAAGAUUGUUUUUCUUUCAUCUAUACCUUCAUUUAAGCUCCUCAGGGAGUGGUUAUUUGCAACCAAGACACCCAAGAAUCCUGUACAGGACCACUCAAAGAGAACGAGUAGGUAUCUGCUUUACAUGAUCACUCGAAAUGUGGAAAUUUUUGAGCAUUGAUACAAUGUGGAUAAUGUUUACAAUUCAGUUCGAAGUUCUGUUAUCUGAGACGAGCACACAGGAUAAGGAAGAUACUUAAAUUACCCAAAUCCUCAACCACCUCUGUAUUACCUUGCUAUAUUCUGAUAAUCUGGUGACAUCCAGGACAAGGACUCAUACUUGUAAUUUUCUCGAACAACCUUGAAUGUAAUGACCAAAAUAAAAUUCCAAACGCUUUAUAUG